GCGACCACGCGGGGUGGAAACCGCCCGGUAUAACCUAUAAAUUGGAUUUUACAGUUGAAUUUGUUGUUGAUCGGACUAAGUGAGUGUUGAUGAUGUGCUAGUGUUGUUAAGUUGUUGAUUUUUAGUAAUAGGUACAAACCAUGAGGUGCUGAUCACCAUGGAUUCCCCCGCGUCCUCCCAAGACGACCGCGACAUCGAGGUCAACGUGGUAUCAGGCGCCAGUAGCCCCGACAUCCCCUCGUCUCCUUCUAGAAAAGACCAGAAGAGUCCCUUCUACGAGCUCAAGAAGGACAAAGAAGAAAAGGCGACAGGCAGUGCGCCAUACACCAGCUUCUCUAUUAGUUCUAUACUGAACAGAGCGGAGCCGAGAAGAGAGAAUGUGUUAGAAGCGGCCUUGGCGGCGAACCAGUUUGGGAAUGCGAAUGAUGCUAUGCUAUCCAGGUUGGGCCUAAUAUCGCAGUGGAGCGCGCUGGCCGGCCGGUACGGGGGUUUGGUUCCCGCGCCGUGGUACUGGCAGCGGCCGCAGGAGAGAAUCUCGCCCCCCAGAGAGGAUUCAACAACCAACGAGGAAGGCUCAGCUGGAGGCUCCCCGCGCCCGCGCAGCCCCCCGCGGGCGCCCACGCCCCCCUCCCCCUCCCGCUCGUCCCCCCGCUCCCCUCGCCUCCACCCCGCGCUCUACCCGCAACAACAAGACCCCCAAGACUCCGACCCCGACGUCGACGAAAGCGACGACUUCGACAAAGACGAAAAAAGAGACCACACCGCCAACCUCGGCAAAAGAAAGAAAAAAACCAGAACGGUCUUCUCCCGAUCCCAAGUGUUCCAACUCGAAUCCACUUUCGAUAUGAAGAGAUAUCUUAGCAGCUCAGAACGGGCCGGUCUAGCUGCCAGCUUGCAUCUCACAGAAACACAAGUCAAAAUCUGGUUUCAGAACAGAAGGAACAAGUGGAAAAGACAACUUGCUGCUGAAUUAGAAGCGGCGAACAUGGCUCACGCCGCGCAACGACUUGUCCGAGUCCCAAUUUUAUAUCACGAAUCGCGACCGACGUCUAUGCCCCACACUCCAUUACCUAUUCAUCCGCAAUUUUCGAACGAACCCGGAGUCUACUUCCAGCCCCAAGCCCCGCAGCAGCUGCAGCCGCUGCCAGCGUCUCCAGUCACCUCCCGAGCGCCGCUGUCCAGUCUAGUGUAGUGUUCGCUUGAAGCCGCUCGCCGGAACGACAGCGGUGCGGACGGACAAUUUUGAAUUUGAAUUUAGAACGGACUAGUCAUGUCGAUGUGUCAAAAAGCUAAUCGUUCAAAGAGGUGCGACAAGUAGCAGACUUUUCAAAUGUUUGAAAAUGGAACUACAAACUUUUUUUGAAAAAUAAAAAUAAGGUGGUGUCUUCCUUGACGUUUGGUUCGUAACUUUAUCUCUGUUUUUAAAAAAGAGUUUUGAGUUGCAAAAAUAAGAAUAAUAUUGCUUUUUCAAACUUGUCGCACUGUAAUUUUUGUAAUUUAUAUUUAAGUGUUAAUUAAGGCCUAGUGAUAACGACCUAGUACAUUUAUUUAUUAGAGAAUACAAUAGCUAUGGAGGAUAAUCUAAAUUCAAAUAAAUGUAACGUACAAAAAUCAUCGUCAUUCCAUGUUGUAUAUAGUUUUGUAAAUAAGAAUGUUUUACGGAUUCCAUGUAUUUAUUCAGUGGUAAGUAUAUAGAUAAUUUUGUACAUAGUUAUUAAAAAGAACUGACUAAUAGCUUCUUUCUUUAAAGAUUUUACUUGAAUU